GUGAGUUUGUGUGAAAGCAGAGGAUUGUAAAUAAGCUCUAAAAAACCCACUGUGUGGUACAAUAAUUUGAUAUAUUUCAUCAGUUUGUAUUGUACACCUCCCUCACAUUGAUAUACUUUAAUAUGCAGUAUUUGUUAUUUCUGCAGUUGUGGUUAUAAGUCCCGCAUGGUUUCACUGUGGGAAGACAGAGCCAGACUCUUCUCAGAGAUGGGUAGUUGAAGGAUGAGAGGCAGCAGACACAACCUAGAACGUGGGAAAUUCUGAUUAGGCAUAAGGAAAAGAAAAUUACCUUGAGGGUGGUAAAAUACUGGAACAGGUGCCCGGAGAGGUUGUGGGAUCUCCAUCCUUGGAGGUGUUCAAGACUUGACUGGACCCAGCCCUGAAUUAGUACGCUUGUUGGCUCACAUAAAACUCUGAGUGUAUAUGUAUGAACAGGGUUUUUGACUAAAAUUGACAUGCAUAUUUCAUCUCAUCUUACAGGUUUGAAGCCAGAUGUUUUAAGUAAACAGUUUUCUUUGUGCUUCAUGUUACCUGUUGGGUAGGCAAACAGAGAGUCCAUAGAAUUUCAGAAUAUUUGAAUAAAUGUAAACAUUAGCCAUUGAAUGGAAAAAGAAGUGUACUUUUCCAGACUGAGGAAGAAGUUUCCUUCACUGAAUUUGGGGAAAGGUAGAGAGAGAAGCUUAGAGGUGACUGUUCUGAGGAUGAAGUGCAUUCAUCUCCUGGAACUGUUAAGGUGCACUCCUCUUGUUACAUCUUCCCCAUGGAUGUCUUGGAGAUCUGGUAUUUUGUUGGCAAUGUGGUCAUCCAUUCUAGUGUGACAUGAAAGAGAACAGGUUUGGUGGGGGCUGUAAAUAUGAUGUCAGAUUUUACUCUGUGGGAAACGAAUUAAUAGUUAUUUAACCAUUAAAACUAGGAGUAUAGAAAUAUAACUAGGAAUAUAGAAAUAUAACUAGGAACAGUUCACAUUUAAUAGGAGCAUUAAUUUCUUUAGCUCUCUUGUGUUUCAAAAAAUAAAACAGAUGUACCUAGGUCUGCCUAAAAUCCCAGUCUGACUUGAGCUCUAGCCCUCUGUCCCUUCCUGAGAAGAUCCCAUUUUGGAAUACACCAGCCUAAGAGCUCAGGCUUGUGCAGAUGUUCUGGCAUUAGCCAAAGAAGCUAGAAAGCGAAAUCUUGGUCCUCUUCAUCCUUCCUUUAAUGUGAUAAAGAUAAUAAGAGAUGGACUGAUGAGAAAUCUUCCAGAAAACGCUCACCAGUUGUCAUCGGGCAGACUAUGUAUUUCACUAACCAGAGUAUCAGACGGUAAAAAUGCAUUGAUAUCUAAUUUUAACUCUAAAGAAGAAGUUAUCCAGGCUUUGAUCUGUAGUUCAUUUGUCCCUAUUUAUUGUGGCCUAAUUCCACCGUCAUUUAGAGGUGUGCGCUAUGUGGAUGGAGGAAUCAGUGACAACUUACCUCACUAUGAAUCUAAGAAUACCAUUACAAUUUCGCCUUUCGCUGGAGAGUGUGAUAUCUGUCCAAAAGGGAAUUCUGCCAACUUUCAUGAAAUGAUUGUGACUAACACCAGCAUUCAGCUUAGUUUGGGGAAUCUUUAUCGUUUAACACAAGCGCUCUUUCCACCAGAACCUAAGGUACUAGGAGAGAUCUGUGAGCAAGGAUAUUCAGAUGCUCUUAAAUUCUUGAAAGAGAAUGGUAUUCUGAAUGACUCAAUCUAUAUCCACUUGUCCUUCACAAAAAGAAAUCCUCAUGAGGUUGCACAACAUGUUGACCAUAUGAAGAAAAAAAAAAUGUCAGAAAAUAACACAAUAGAAACUUUGAAAAUGGAAGUACUUAAUGACCAGCUAAAGCAAAAUCCAUGGCCUUUGGAGAAGAGCAUAUUUGAGAGUCUACCUCCUAGACUUCGUAAAGCGCUGCAGGAAGCUUGUAAAGAACAGAAUGGAUUCUACGCUCAGUUCUCUAAACUCUUCCCAAUGCGGGUGAUAUCCUAUCUGAUGCUACCAUAUACGCUACCAGUGGAGUCCGCUUACUCUGUUGCUUUACGGUUAGUAAACUGGUUUCCUGACAUGCCUGCUGAUGUUCGAUGGAUACAAGAACAGCUUUGUCGGAUUGCUGGCACAGUUUAUUCCCAGGCUAAAAGCAAGCUGUUCUGUAUGUCCAGGAAAGACAAUUAUGCAUCACUGAGAAAAUGUCAAACUGUCCCAUCUACUAUGGAAUUUCAUUCUUCAUACUGCCACCUUAAAAUGCCUCACUCUUCUGCGGACCUUGAAACGCGGCUCUGGGAACCUUCAUGCUUCGUGCACUCAGCUAUGAAAAAUGCUUCUGCUAACAUGCAGGAGCAUUCAGACUUAAACUCCUAUCCUAAUUUUCUCCCAAAUUCUGAUGAGUCUGGGUUGGAAAUAGAUUUUGACUCUUCCUCAGAGAAAAGUUUCCAAACUGCUCCAGAGUAUUAAUUUGGAAGUAGAUUCCAAAGUUUCCAAAAUUCCAAUUUGGCAGAGACAAAUUUAAAUCCUAAAGGACUAAAGAUCACUUUCUUUAUUGCCAAUAAGUCUUGGAAAAUAAUUUGUUUACAGCUUCCUGAAAAAUCUGCCUUGGGAACUCUACUGUUUUAAGGAUUAUAAAAACAGUGGCUGCUACACUAAGUAACAGACUACAAUUCUGUCGAGGCACCACUCAAUCGACUGUAGUAAGACUUGUAGUAAACAGUGUCUCUCUGGAAAUAAAUUUUUUUUAAAAAUCUACUUUCAGCAUAAAAAUGUAAAUUCUGUAAACAGAUUGUUAGACAAACAAGCAUUGAUAACAAAAGCUUUUUAAAAAUAUAAUUUUUAACCAUAUUAUGUGUUAGAAUUACUUUUAUAGCACUUAAAUGAAAUUGGACUUUACUUCAUAAAGGGAAACACACGAAUGAGCUUUUUAGUGGCCUCCACUGUCUGUUUGCCUUAUGUUUAAACAUACUGUUGUGUUUAUCGAAAAGUUGUCUGCACGAGAUACUGUAGGAACAGUAUUAUUCUAGGUUGUUGUAUGUAUUCCACAAUUGAUAUUACUUCUCCCCUAUGGCUCUUUUCCCCCUGCAAAUGCUUCAAGGGAAAAAGACAUAAGAAAUGGGGCACAUUCCCCUGAAGUGUAAACAGGUACAGUUUCAGUGAUUUCAGAGGACUUUUUUUUAUACUUAAUAAGGGCUUAAUACUUGAUUAAGUAUUGAAAAGUAGGUAAAAUAGUGACUGUGAUUAGUAGCAAACAGUAAUUUGAGAAGGUGUUAAACUUUACAGAAGGUGUUUACAAAAAUCAACAUAUAGCAAGUAGUGAAUGAUGUUGAGGUCUUCUCUCUAAUUGCUGCCCAAUCAGUCUCGAUUUUUUUUCCCUUUCAACUUGAGAGAUUUUUCUUUCCUUCUCUUGCUUCCCUCUUGCUAAAGGAGGGAAGAAAAAAGGGGUCCCUCCUGUCUCAGUGAGGCAUGAUAACCCAAAGGAAGUUUUCCAAGACCGAUUGUUAGAAGCAGCAACUGUGUAAAAAUUAGUGGAAGUGUCAAUAUCCCAGAAGCUGCGCAAAGGCCUCAAAUAAUGGGUUGAAAGUCUGCCAAAUCCUGCCUGUAUUGAAUGAUAAGCGUUUUAAAACACUUUCCGCUACAAAGGUUCUGCAUAAUUUUAAUAAAGGCAACGCAUUAGUGUAUGAAUAUGUCAGGAGAAGUAAAUAACUGUUAAGAUUAUCUACUCUUUUGGUGUUUUGUUAUCAUGACUUGUACAAUUUUUUUAAAGUAGAAGGAAAUAACGAUGGCUUUAAAGUUGAGUUUGCACAUGUGUUUGGGUGCAGGCGUGUGACAUUUGAGAGGUUCUCAUUUGUGCAACUCGGGUGCAGCCCAGGGAAGAGACUAUAGAUGCUUACUGAGAGCGUCUUGUACAAGGAGAAGCAGUGAUUAGGUUGCGAUGCUCAGGAGAGGGAAGUUUGGGAGUGUCAACUGUGGUAUCCAGAAGGCUGUCAAAUAGCAAAAUGUAGCAUUUCUGAAUUGGACCAGCCUUUAAGCAGUUUCUCAGCUGUGAUUUCCCUAAGCUUGAAGUGCUGAAUUUUACAACAUUAAAAUUGAUUUUAGAACGGUGGGGGACAGGGGAGAAAGUGUCAAGCUAUCCAUUUCCAUACUACAGAAGACUGGUGCUAUUUUACUUCAACUCUCUUGUUUGUUUCUUCUGUGUAUGUAUCUUCAAGUUUGCAAAGGUUGGAAAUGUUACUCUCACUACAAUUAAAAGAUACAAGAUCUGG